AUGGCAAAUGUAUCUAUUAAUAAACAAGUUGAUGAAUGGAUGAAUCUAUUGAAUUUAAAACCACAUCCCGAAGGUGGUUUUUAUGCUGAAACAUAUCGUUGUGAUGAUCAAUGUACACUUGAACGAUAUGAUAAACAGAUACGUUCAUGUUCAACAUCAAUUUAUUUUUUACUUCAAUAUCCUGAUUCACCCAUAAGUCAUUUUCAUCGUAUAAAAGCUGAUGAAAUGUGGCAUUUUUAUAAAGGUUUACCAUUAAUUAUACAUGUAUUAGAUGAAGAAAAAUCUUCACACAUUGAAUAUAUACUCACUAAUGAAUUAAAUAUAAAUCCUAAUACUCGUCCACAACUCUUGGUACCUCAUGGAAAAUGGUUUGCCGCUGAAAUAAUUACAAAAGAUAUCAAAGAUGAAAAUAAUAAUUAUACAUUAUGUGGAUGUACUUGUGCACCAGGAUUUGAUUAUCAUGAUUUUGAACUUGGCAAAAAAUCAGAAUUACUUGAAAAAUUCCCAAAUUUUAAAGAAUUAAUUACUCGUCUAACACCAUCAGAAUAA